GCACGUCGCACUCUGCAAAAGCAAAAGCGAACUGCAAAAAGCAAAACCAAACCAAUUUCAGCCGCGAGUUCGGAGUGAUCGGACGCUCGUUCAUCGCAAUCAGCAUUGCGAUCGCAUAACUUUGUGUUGUGUUACAAAUAAUGCCUUUUAUCUCUAAAGACUGGCGUUCUCCUGGCGAAGAAUGGGUCAAAACACAAGAAGGGUGGGAAAAGAAGAAAGUUUUGGAAUGCACUGCGCAAAGAUACGCCGCUAUCUCUAACUAUAAUAACACAGACGAUAAUCAGCAGAAAUGGAUCGGGACCAGCGAAGAAGGAGAAAAGACCACAGACGAUGUCGUCGCAAGAAUACCACCACACUGCCACAUCACGAUCAAAUGCACAAGAGAGAUUGCAGGCUUCAACGGGCUGUCUGAGGCGGUGCGUCGCUUGGAUUUCUCCUCCGCCGUCCGCGACGUUCGCAGGUUCAAUUACAUCUGCGCACUGUUAGAGCUCCUACUAGGAGGACAGAAGUUGACCAACUUGCCGGGAGCAGCGCAGAAACUACUGCUGUCUAUGCUAGAACAGCUGGCUGAUCAAGUUGCACAAUCAAAACAGAAUUUAAACGCGCUUCGCGCAUUAUUAGUGGCGUUGACCGCUUUAAGAGAAGCGGAGCGAAGAGCUUGCUGGGGCCGGCCGCUGGGCUCCCGCGCGCUGUGGGGACACCACGACCAUGCCAUCGCCAGGAUCAACCACAUCGCUAAUAGCAUAUGUAUACAGGAGCCCGGUCCAGAAGUAGUGCCUAAACUACACGACUUGCCCGAGGAGUGCAUCAGGGAGAUUUUGUUAAGGAUAUCGGAUCACAGGGAUUUAGACUCAGCGUCUAGUGCGUGGCCGCUGAUGGCGGCGCUGUGUUCUGAACAGCGCGUGUGGCGCGAGCUGGUCGACUUCCACUUCACGCAGCAGCAGAUCGACUCGCUGCCCAAGGCGGACGGCAAGGAGGACUGGAAGAAGGUCUUCCAUCAGCUACGGAAGUUGUACGGGCUGAGGGAAGACGCGCAGUACGCCGAGACGCUCUCCUUGUGCCGACACUGCAAGUGCCUUUUCUGGCGGUCGCUGGGACACCCCUGCAUAGCUGAUCAGUGUCCGGAGUACCGCGAGCGGCUGAAAGAAGCAGGCGGCCCCCUGCCGCCGCACCCCGUCCCGCCCGCUGCCUUCCUCAAGUUUUUCUCCCUCUAAACUUUACACGGUUAUUUGUGACAUGAUACCAAUAAAUACUACACUACGUGAUCGAGCCAAGUUUGAUGAUCUUUGUAGACUACUGCAGAGGCGGAUCCAGGGGAGGGCUAAGGGGCCUGUGUAUUAAGCCUCAAUAAUAUAUCAGCUUUACGGUUAAGGGGCCGGACCUGUUAUUGUAGCAGAAGUUUAUCGCUUACUUAGUUCGCUUAAAAAAUAUGGCUAAUUUAACAAUUUUUUUUAAAAAUAAUUCUAAUACAUAUAAUUAUUAUUCUAAAUAUCUGAGGUACCUCUCUACAAGCCAAGAAGUCAUUGAAAUGUUACCCAAGGAGGCUUUUUAUAUAAGCUGUCAAGCUUAAUAAAAUGUAUGUCUUUUUCCAAUCUUAAUAUUUCACUAACACAGAAAAAGUCAAAUUUUGCAAAAUCAAGCCCCCAUAUAUGACAAUCCUGGAUCCACCACUGCCUAAUAGCGUGUUGAUGACGACAUUCGGAUUUCUUAACAUAUGAAAUUGGAUUUCGAAUUUAAUAUGAAAUAAAGGGUAGCUAUCAGCAGCAAAUUCUCAAUUUGCUGAUCAGCUAAGCAGUUACUGUAGAAUACUGUUCGACGAUUGAUUUUCAUGUAAAGAAGUUCAUCCAUUAAAAGGUUACAAUUCAUAUACUGUAUACACAUACAAAACUAAAGUAAAUUACAGUGUGAAGAAUCUGCCAUUUGAUAUAUAUGAAUCUAACUUCUUGCUAGUAAUUAAGGUUAAACUGAGAACAAUGUUCAUCUCUCUAAACCAUCCAAUAGGUAUACCUACUAGCUGCUGUUCUAAUACACUAUUAAGAGACAAAUAUAGGUCACAUUAAAUAAAUAUAAAUUAGUAAAAAGUACCAUUUCAAUAUUUAAUUUUGUGUAUUAAAUUGGAGAUUACUAAAUUGCUGAUCAGCAAUGAAAAACAAAUGGACUAUUACGAGACUAAGGUAGCUUUGGCAAAAAUUACUUUAGCUUUGUUACAAUUUCCCUUGUAACUUUUUAAAAAGAACUGUUUAUGUUUUCUGAUUUACGUUAAUUUCCUUAACUAAGUAAUAUUUAGUGAAGGUUUGAUAAAAUUCAUUUAAAUGACAAAUUUGUUUGAAACUAAAGUAAAAGGAUUUGAUAUACUAAAACUAGGUAUGAUUAAUUUUUAGUCAAUAUUAUUUUGCUAAUAGAUAAUGUGAACUAAAAUUACUAAUGCCUGAACUAUAGAUGCUUUAAAAAUACUUUGUGAUAUAAUUCCCAAAUUAUUAUUAUUAUUAAUUUUUGUGUGUUGUUUAAUAAUAAAUAAUUAAUGAAUAGAAUGUAUUCCAGUGAGUUCUCGUUGUUUUAAAUAUUAAUGUUUUUGUACUAUUAAGUGUUAAGUUAAAUACAAUUAAUUGGCUAAGUGAGCACUUUUUUAACUUGAAAAAAGAAAAUUAAUGUAUUGAUACAUAGGUAACUAUAUCUUGGUGAGAUAUUAUAUUUCUACCGCUUAGGUAGAUAUGACUGCUAUUAAAAUUUAAAUUAUGACUGAAAAUCUCAUUCUUACGAGAAUGAAAUGCUUUCUGACUUGCAAGAGCUAACCUAACUAUUAUAUAAUAGAUCUAUAUUAAGCUAUAUUUCUAAAUCACUACAUCACACUACAUUACCAUAAAUAGGUACAUAUUUUUCUAUAAGGUUAAAGUAAAUCACAGGCAGUUCAUUAAAAUAAUUACACGAGCGACAACUGCUAUUGACGACUGCAGUCAGCGACGUCUCGGCGGCAGCCAACGGCAGUCGGCGACGUCUCGGCGACGGUCGACGGCGGUCGCCGACAGCAGUCGACUGCCGUUAGCUGCCGCCGAGACGCCGAGACGUCGCCGACUACGGCGACUGCCGUCGACCGCUGAAAGUCACCGACUGCAGUCGUCGGUAGCAGCUGCCGCUCGUGUAAAUUAACACUUAGGCCUAAAUAUUAAGAGAUUUGGGUAUCUAAUUACUAAUUUACCUUACUAAUGUAACAUUGAAUAUUUGAGUCUGAUUAAAGUUGGUCAAAGACUGCCUAAAGAAUCGCUGAUUGCACAUGUGACCAUGUUCAUUGUAUUGUGAAUGCAAAAACUAUGCCUUAUGCGGUUCUUGUGGCAGUGAGAUCGGCGUAUUACAUCACUGUCAAAAUAAUGUUCAUUAUUUGCUGUAGUUACGUAGUUGUUGAUAAUAAUGUGAUAUUUUAAGAUAAUUUUUGAAAAGCGAAAUGAGAAGUUACACUCAGUAAACUGAAUUACUUUAAAUCAUACACCCUUUUAAUCCAGCCAAAUAAUUUUAUCUUUCCUAAUAACAAUAAUAUUGUGAAUAAAGCUAAUAAUGUCAAUAAUUUUGCCUGUAUUGCAUGUGGGUUAACAUAUUGAAGAGUACUAUUGACAAAACUAGCCUUUAAGUACCAAUGUUAGUAGUGAAAGACCACAAUAAAAGGUUUAUUGAUUAUUAUUGCCGCAUAUUCCAUUUGGAAAGUAUAAUUGGAAGAGAAUGGAAGAUAUGGACUGGCAUUUUAUUUUAAUUACAAUUUGCUUUGGUGUUCUGAUUUUUAUCUGAUCUCAUUCAAAAAUUCUCAAGAGUGUAACUGAAAGAGCUGAUAAAAUUUGAUAGAUAUAAGUUUUAAUGUAGGAAUAAUGCAGCAUAUAUAUUGUUUAGUCAUUUUUAGUUAAUCUGUGAUGUGUUUUGUGCAAAGGAAUUGUUUUUUUUUUGUGUCUAUGUUUCUCUAUAUUAUGGUGAUCUUUAAACAAAUAAAGUUAUUUUGAGUAUGUGAAA